CUCAUUAUAUGUUUUCAGUGAUGCUCUACAUUAACUGACGUUAAACAGCAUCUUAUGAAAUAUUUUAUUUUUGUAAUUUUUUUUAUUCAACUUAUCUGUGUACUCUCAUUUAUAUUUAAAUAAAGACUUCUUUGUGAUUUCCUUCACAAUUUGCACUCUGUAUUUCUAAUGAGAAGACAAUAAUCAAGAUUAGAAAUGAUACGUUAUAUUUUUCUUCUUAUUUUCUCACUGCCACUGGCUUAUUCAUCUCUAGAAAGAAUUGAGUGCAAUAAUAUAUGGGAUUAUGAUGUAAAUACAUCAAAUGGAAAUGAUAUUCAACUUCAGAAGGGUGAAUUAAGUAUUUUAUACUCAAUGGAUAAAUUUAGAGUUUUCACUUAUCCAGAUACAAAUCUAGUCAAUAUUCUUCUAAAUGACACAAUAAUCAUUUUUAAAGGAAACUUAAUAACUUCUUCAGGACAGUCAGACAAAAUUGCAUUAGCAUCUUAUUAUCAAGUAUUAGGCACUGCUUAUUUGCAGGACACGAGAACACUUGAAAACUGCAAUAUAUAUUUACUGAGAAAUGAAAGCCAAAGUUUGAAUAUUCCUAAGUCAUUGGAAGUUGCAAUAAAAAAUAAAGCAAAAAUUUGUAUGGUGGAGGAAUUAUUUACAAAAAUCACCGUGCCAUAUAUUUCUGAAUUUCUCAUUUCCACUAAUAAUGAUGAAAAUGAAAAUCAAAUUGAAAAUGAAUAUUCACUGCCUGAACUACAUGCCAGGAAUUUAUUCAAUAGUUCUACUCAAUUUCAAUCAUAUAUAAAUCAUAUUGUCGAUUUUGUCUUGCAUGAAGUUAUAAAUCACCUAAAGAAAAAUCACAAUGAAAUGAUAAGAGUUCCAAAUAUCGAUGAAAGAUUUAAAGUUGGUUCUGGAAUUUUUGAAACAAAUGGUCGUUUUAUCACUGUCGAUGGUUACUUUAGUGACCUUACAACACUUCAGAGAACAACAGACGCUGUUCUCGAUCGAAAUGGCAAAAAAUUUUCAGCAUCUUGUGGUUUUGGAUUAACAAAAGCCUUAAUUCAAUAUAGUCAAUAUAGGUUAAAAUUUGGAAUAAUAAAACUCGAUGGCGUGUUAUCGGCGAGAAUUGAUGGUAUAUCGAUAGAAGCAAAAGUUUCAGUUGACUACAAUUCAAAACCAUGUAAAACAACAAUGGAAUAUUUUAAAAUUCUUGAUUAUGGAAAAAUUACUAUUAAUGUCACCGGUUUAUCGCCAUUUAAUUCAUUGGCAUCAUCACUCGCCACUUGGAUAUCGAAAAAAUGGGAAAAUGAAAUAAUCGAAAUGAUAAAAUCGAAAAUCACCAAAAUUGUCGCUUACGAACUUGAUAAAUUUGAUUGUGAAAAAUUUAGAAUUUAAUAUUAAAAUGACGUUUCAAUAAUUAAUAAGUCAGAAAUAUGAAAAA